AUGCUUGCACAAAGAGCUGUUGUGUUCAAUGGUAAAGCCAUAGCUCAAAGUGUGCGUUUUCUAGGGACAAGUUCCAAAAGAUUAGCUGAUUCUACAUCAUCAACAUCAGAAGCUCCAACUGCAGAAAUAUCAACACCAACAAAUUUCGAUCAAUUUAAAAGCAAACAGUCAUGGAGAGAAUCAUAUGCACCAGGAUCCUCAGCACAGGCCGAUUUGACUGAAAACUUGUCAAAAAUCACCCAAAAUAUAGCUAGUGGUGAACCACCUGUACAUAUAGCCCAAUCGUUGCAAAAGAAAUUUAGAGUUGGCACAACCUACAAUCCAUUUGAUUUCAGUAUGAAUAGAUUAAGAAUGGAAAGAAAACAAGCACAGUCUCGUGCUAUUGAAGAUCCAUUUGAGCGCAGUGGUGUUGAUCCUAGAAAUUUAUACCUAAUGCCCGAGAUUUUGUCACAAUUUUUAACUUCAACGGGUCAAAUUUUAUCAAGACAACAAACUGGCUGUAGUGCUGCUAAUCAAAAGAAAUUGACUGCUGCUGUAAAGACAGCUAGGAAUUUGGGAUUGUUGUCUACUGUUCAUAAACAUUAUAGAUUCUUGCCAACAAGAAAUCUUUAA